CAAAAGCUCGUUGGCUGUUUACCAAGUGAAGGAAGGAAGAGUACUUUCGGCACCAUGGGAUUACUGAUGAAAUACAUUUAUCCGCUUCCAGCUCCGAUACGAGCACGAACGAGACCCAUGGAGGUGCUGGCUGUGGGGCUCUCUCGCUCUGGCACAGACUCACUUCGCAAUGCUCUUAUACAGCUUGGGUAUGAUAACACAUAUCACGGAUGGGAACUAGCUGUGCAGCCUAGCGACAACAUUGCUUGGACUCAAUUGUACCUGAAAAAGUACUUCGGCUCGGACGACGGCAAGACAAACAUCACGACGGAAGACUUCGAUGCAGUGCUGGGCGACAGCAUUGCUGUGACCGAUGCUCCAGCAGCCAUGUUUGCCAAGGAUCUCAUUGCUGCUUACCCCGAUGCCAAGGUGAUUCUAAACAUUCGGCCGGAUCUUGAUGCGUGGUAUGCGAGUACGACUUCGACGUUCUGCGGAAACAUGGUCCCAAGAAGCCAUUUGUUGCUUUCUUAUUUUGAUGCUGAGCUGUUUUGGUUCUUUCAUGGGUUUUUCACGACUCUCUUCCGAAAAUUUUACCAUGGAAGCUUCGAGAAGAAUGGGAAAUGGGUAGGAGAGGAGCAUAUUGCCAUGGUGAGAGGUCUCAUUCCAAAAGACAGGUUGCUGGAGUGGAAAGUGGAAGAUGGCUGGGAGCCGCUGUGUGAAUUCCUCGAGAAAGAUGUACCGCAAACGCCAUUUCCAAAAGGCAACACGACAGACGAUUUGGGAAAUAGGUUAGCUGCAUUGCAUAGGACGAGGCUUGCAAGAGCGAAAAGGAAUGCUAUAUUGGUGGGAGCGUCUGUCGUCGGACUAGCUGCCAUGACUGGGGUUGGUGCCUUGAGGAUCUUCUGAGCGCCUACGACGACGUGGACAAGGGUGAGCGGACGCUAGCAUCACUAGUUAUCAACCUGUCGUAGAGCCCCAAGUUUGGUUUCUGGAUGCCGACCUUCACCAACUAGUUUAUUAUCUGUAUAGUACCCUAAAGCAAAUGGACAUGGCGGGCCUUACAAUGGUAGUCGCCGCUAGUAAUUGGGGCAUAACAGAGAGCCCAAGCAUGCAGGGUACCAUGCGCAAAGCCAUCUAUACCUACCCCUAACUAUAUGCGGAUAUCGAAAAGAUGUAGGGCUCUGAUACUUAUAGGGACACGGAUAACUCAAGCAACUUGAGCUACCUAUG